AGCGCAUGCGCCGCGUGCGGCGCGGGGCACGAUGCCGGGCGAGGCGGUGACGCUGCAGCUGGGGCCGUACGCGGGGAGCGCGGGAGCGCACUGGUGGGGGCUGCAGGCCGCCGCGCUGCGCCGCCCCGCCGAGGCCGCCGAGCUCCGCUCCUCCGCGCUGCUGCGCACCGGGCAGGCGCCGGGCGGGCGGGAGAUCCACACGCCGCGCCUGGUAGCGCUGGAGCUGAAAGGCGGCGCGGGCGCGCUGAGGACCGGCGGCGCGGGCGCGGAGGCGCCGGUGACCUGGAACGGGGCGGUCGCCGCUUACCUGGAGCGCGGCCCGAGCGGGGCCUCCGCGCCGCGGGACACCGGGAGCCGCACGGAAGAUGCGUCCUCCGGCAGCACGGGCAGCGCCGGCGCUGCGGCUCGAGGUCCAGCUCCUGCCCCUUCCCCACUCGCUGCUGCCCAGGAAGUUCCCUCCGGCAGCAACGUGCAGCUCUGGUCCGAUCACCUCAAUGUUCAGUUGCAUCCCAAGAGCCUCUAUGUCACCCGGCAGUACAUGCACGAUGGGGACUGUGGGUGUCUGGAAGCCUUUGCCCAAGGUGAAAGGCUCCUGCAGGAUCCUGCCUGCAUGGAGGAGCUGGAAGAUCGGUUGCACUACUUUGUUGAGGAGUGUGAUUACCUUCAGGGCUUUCAGGUUCUCUGUGACCUACACAACGGCUUCUCGGGAGUCGGUGCCAAGGUGACAGAACUGCUCUGUGAUGAGUAUUCAGGAAAAGGAAUCCUGAGCUGGGGCUUGACUCCAGCCAUGAGUAACGUGGGAGAUUCCCAGAAGAACGUUUACAGACUGAUGAACACAGCGCUGGGCAUUGUCCAUCUCUCCACCCACAGCUCCCUCUUCUGCCCCCUGUCCCUCAGCGGGAGCCUGGGACUCAAGCCACAACCUCCUGUCACAUUCCCAUAUAUCAACUAUGAUGCCUCGCUGAACUACCACAGCAGCGCCAUCCUGGCAGCAGCACUCGAUACCCUCACUGUUCCCUACCGGCUCAGCUCCUCCCAGGGCUCGAUGCUGCACCUUGCUGAAACACUCAACUUCUCAGGGAGAAAGGUUGUGGCUGCGUGGGCUUCUGUUCCCUUUCCUGCCCUCCACGGCUCCUCCCUCCCUGAUGCUUUCUGCACCCACCAGCAGGAUGUGCCCUGGAAGCUCCUGGCUUCAUGCAGGGAGCAAAAGGGCAGCUCCUGCUUCGCUCAGUCCGUUGUGCUCCGAGGGGUUUGCAAAGACAGACACAGCAGCAGCUCCCCAGGAAGGCAGCCCCCUUCUCCCCUCCACGCCUGUGAGAGCACUGAGCACAUCCUGCAGCAUUACUUACACACUGUGUUUCCUGGGGCUUUCAGCACAUCCCAUGUGCUUGAGCAGCCGUGCUACACCCUACCUCCGUACCCCCAGUUCUUUUCUCCUCUUCUGAGCAGACAAGGCUUCCUCCUGGACAAACCUCCCACUCACUCCCCAGCAGCUGUUGAAAGCAUCCCUGUGCUGGCAGCCCUCCAGGCUGCCCCAGUUCUCCACACACUCCUCUACGGCUUGUACAAGGACCUGCAGAAGGUGAACACGCGGCGCUGGGCCAGUUUCUUCUCUGCUGGAGUAGAGCAGGAUGACUUCCAGGAGGCCUUACACAAGCUAAGAACUCUCUCCCAGUGCUAUGAGACAGAGUUUGAAGCAGAUGAAUCUGAAGAUGAAGCAGAUUCAGACUAACUCAGCUUUAUUACUAGAGCGUGGAAGGAAGAAUCGCUUUCGCUCGCUUUCAGAAUAAAGGGAAUGGCUUUUGGGAUGGCC